AUGGCUGUUGGAUGUGACUUGAGGGGAAUUCCUGAGGGCAAGGAAAAGGAAGAAAGAGGCCCUGGAGGAGACGAGGCACAGCUGGAGAACCCUAGGGCUGUGAACACUGCGACUGCCCCGCGGGGCAGCUCCGCCGUGUUUGCUGGAAGCCUCCGGCUCUCUGGAAACCAGUGCGUGUGCCAUAGGGGAGUGGGCCCUGGCCCUGGGCAAAGCGAAGAGGUAGCUUGUGCAAAGUUCUGGCAGCCGUUUCACUCCCUCCGCUGGUGGGUCUCCACCAUGGAAAAGGAAUACGGGAUCCCGGAGUAUUUGUCCUGCCACCUCAGGCUGCCCCGGAGAGAGCCUAUUUUUGGAAGUACCAGCACGGUGACGCUUCCUGAAACCUUGUUGUUUGUGUCAACGCUGGAUGGAAGUUUACAUGCUGUCAGCAAGAGGACAGGCUCAAUCAAAUGGACUUUAAAAGAAGAUCCAGUCCUGCAGGUCCCAACGCAUGUGGAAGAGCCUGCCUUUCUCCCAGAUCCUAAUGAUGGCAGCCUGUAUACGCUUGGAAGCAAGAAUAAUGAAGGCCUGACAAAACUUCCUUUUACCAUCCCAGAAUUGGUGCAGGCAUCCCCGUGCCGAAGUUCAGAUGGAAUCCUCUACAUGGGUAAAAAGCAGGACAUCUGGUAUGUUAUUGACCUCCUGACUGGGGAGAAGCAGCAGACCUUGUCAUCAGCCUUUGCAGAUAGUCUCUGCCCAUCAACCUCUCUUCUGUAUCUUGGGCGAACAGAAUACACCAUCACCAUGUACGACACCAAAACCCGAGAGCUCCGGUGGAAUGCCACCUACUUUGACUACGCAGCCUCGCUGCCCGAGGACGACAUGGACUACAAGAUGUCCCACUUUGUGUCCAAUGGUGAUGGGCUGGUGGUGACCGUGGACAGUGAAUCUGGGGAUGUCCUGUGGAUCCAAAACUACGCCUCCCCUGUGGUGGCCUUUUAUGUGUGGCAGCGGGAGGGUCUGAGGAAGGUGAUGCACAUCAAUGUCGCCGUGGAGACCCUGCGCUAUCUGACCUUCAUGUCUGGGGAGGUGGGGCGCAUCACCAAGUGGAAGUACCCGUUCCCCAAGGAGACAGAGGCCAAGAGCAAGCUGACGCCCACUCUGUAUGUUGGGAAAUACUCUACCAGCCUCUAUGCCUCUCCCUCAAUGGUACACGAGGGAGUUGCUGUCGUGCCCCGCGGCAGCACACUUCCUUUGUUGGAAGGGCCCCAGACUGAUGGCGUCACCAUUGGGGACAAGGGGGAGUGUGUGAUCACGCCCAGCACAGAGCUCAAGUUUGACCCCGGACUCAAAAGCAAGAACAAGCUCAACUACUUGAGGAAUUACUGGCUUCUGAUAGGCCACCAUGAAACCCCACUGUCUGCAUCUACCAAGAUGCUGGAGAGAUUUCCCAACAAUCUGCCCAAACAUCGGGAAAAUGUGAUUCCUGCUGAUUCAGAGAAAAAGAGCUUUGAGGAAGUUAUCAACCUGGUUGACCAGACUUCAGAAAACGCACCUACCACCGUGUCUCGGGAUGUGGAGGAGAAGCCCGCCCACGCCCCCGCCCGGCCCGAGGCCCCCGUGGACUCCAUGCUCAAGGACGUGGCCACCAUCAUCCUGAGCACCUUCCUGCUGAUUGGCUGGGUGGCCUUCAUCAUCACCUACCCCCUGAGCAUGCAUCAGCAGCAGCAGCUCCAGCACCAGCAGUUCCAGAAGGAACUGGAGAAGAUUCAGCUCCUGCAGCAGCAGCAGCAGCAGCUGCCCUUCCACCCACCUGGAGACACGGCUCAGGACGGCGAGCUUCUGGACACAUCUGGCCCAUACUCAGAGAGCUCGGGCACCAGCAGCCCCAACACGUCCCCCAGGGCCUCCAACCACUCGCUCUGCUCCGGCAGCUCUGCCUCCAAGGCUGGCAGCAGCCCCUCCCUGGAGCAAGACGACGGAGAUGAGGAAACCAGCAUGGUGAUAGUUGGGAAAAUUUCCUUCUGUCCCAAGGACGUCCUGGGCCAUGGAGCUGAGGGCACAAUUGUGUACCGGGGCAUGUUUGACAACCGUGAUGUGGCCGUGAAGAGGAUCCUCCCCGAGUGUUUUAGCUUCGCAGACCGUGAGGUCCAGCUGUUGCGAGAAUCAGAUGAGCACCCGAACGUGAUCCGCUACUUCUGCACGGAGAAGGACCGGCAAUUCCAGUACAUUGCCAUCGAGCUGUGUGCAGCCACCCUGCAAGAGUAUGUGGAGCAGAAGGACUUCGCUCAUCUCGGCCUGGAGCCCAUCACCUUGCUGCAGCAGACCACAUCGGGCCUGGCCCACCUUCACUCCCUCAACAUCGUUCACAGAGACCUAAAGCCCCACAACAUUCUCAUAUCCAUGCCCAAUGCACAUGGCAAGAUCAAGGCCAUGAUCUCUGACUUUGGCCUGUGCAAGAAGCUGGCAGCGGGCAGGCACAGCUUCAGCCGCCGAUCUGGGGUGCCUGGCACAGAAGGCUGGAUCGCUCCAGAGAUGCUGAGCGAAGACUGUAAGGAGAACCCUACCUACACGGUGGACAUCUUUUCUGCAGGCUGCGUCUUUUACUACGUGAUCUCUGAGGGCAGCCACCCUUUUGGCAAGUCCCUGCAGCGGCAGGCCAACAUCCUCCUGGGUGCCUGCAGCCUCGAGUGCUUGCACCCAGAGAAGCACGAAGACGUCAUUGCACGUGAAUUGAUAGAGAAGAUGAUUGCGAUGGAUCCUCAGAAACGCCCCUCAGCGAAGCACGUGCUGAAACACCCGUUCUUCUGGAGCCUAGAGAAGCAGCUUCAGUUCUUCCAGGACGUGAGCGACCGAAUAGAAAAGGAAUCCCUGGAUGGCCCGAUUGUGAAGCAGUUAGAGAGAGGCGGGAGAGCCGUGGUGAAGAUGGACUGGCGGGAGAACAUCACCGUCCCCCUCCAGACAGACCUGCGUAAAUUCAGGACCUAUAAAGGUGGUUCUGUCAGAGAUCUCCUCCGAGCCAUGAGAAAUAAGAAGCACCACUACCGGGAACUGCCUGCGGAGGUGCGGGAGACGCUGGGGUCCCUCCCUGAUGACUUUGUGUCCUACUUCACGUCUCGCUUCCCCCACCUCCUCGCACACACCUACCGGGCCAUGGAGCUGUGCAGCCACGAGAGACUCUUCCAGCCCUACUACUUCCACAGGCCCCCAGAGCCCCAGCCCCCAGUGACUCCAGAUGCCCUCUGAGCAAGGGCGGCCCCUCUGUUCUGGUGGCCCCAGCUGUGACUGAGGGCCUGGUCACCACAAUUAGAGCCUGACACCUCCCGGCUUUGCAGGGAGACCAGGCUUCCCAAACCAAGUGCCUUGAGCCGCCUGCUCUGCAGCCCACAGAGGACAGUGCUGACCCCAGGAAGUGGGAGAAGUGGCCCCUCGUGACCUACAGGGAGCUGGGAAGAUGCUGGCCCUAAAAGCCUUACAGUCAGGAUGUCUGCAAAGGAGAGCCUCAAAGACAGAGCGAGUAGCACCCCCAACCGUCUACUGGAUAAACUUGCGUCAGACUUUUUUUUUUUAAUUCCUGCUUAAUGUCAAGUCUGUGGGCCUUUCAGGAAGGGGUAGGAGGGAAUCCUGCAUUUUGCUUGCGUGCUGGGGCAGCUAGGCUGAGACGCACCAAGUGCAGCCUUCGCUGGAGACCGGACUUGAGUGGUGGGGGAUGCUGACAAGGAGGAUGGAGUUCAGAGGGUGUCGUCCUGCGGUAUGAGAUGCCUCAUCGAUCACAGAUGUGCCCAGAGUAGCCCAGGUCACUGUUAACUAGUGUUUCUACAGAGGCAGCAGGAGCCGUGAGCAUGAGGCGUGGCAUUAGGGACCGGUCAGCUAUGCACGCCAGCAGGUGGGGUCGUGCCUGCAGGUCUCAGAAAUGAAGAGGCUGCUGUGUUCUGGAGGCAGUCGUGGCUCAGUGCCAGUGGCCAGAACAGUGGCCUUUGGUGGAUGUGCCCUGGGCCAUCUGGAGGUGGUGCUCAGGAGUGCUUAGGGCAAGAGGUAAAGAUUCCCUGGCCUUCAAGGAGAGCAGCUAAGACCCAGACAGGGGCUAGCCUUCAGGACCAGAGGGAGGCUGCCGAAUGGGACCCUCCUGGUCAUCAGGAGAAAGCCCUGGGCCAGCGAGUAGUCAGUCAGCCUCCUUCGUCCCCAAGGCUGGUGGAACAAGAGGCUCAUGGUGAGUCAGGGCCAGGGUGGGGCCAAGGCCAGGGUCACUGUGUACUUCAUGGGCCAGCUGUUUUGUUUUUCUUGGCAA